AUGGGCUUCCUACACCAGCUGCAGCUAUUGCUCUGGAAGAACGUGACGCUGAAGCGCCGGAGCCCGUGGGUCUUGGCCUUCGAGAUCUUCAUCCCGCUGGUCCUCUUCUUCAUCCUGCUGGGACUACGGCAGAAGAAGCCCACCAUCUCUGUGAAGGAAGUCUCCUUCUACACAGCUGCACCCCUCACCUCUGCCGGCAUUCUACCUGUCAUGCAGUCUCUGUGCCCAGACGGCCAGCGGGAUGACUUUGGCUUCCUGCAGUACACCAACUCCACGGUGACGCAGCUUCUGGAACGCCUCAGUCGCGUGGUAGAGGAGGGCAACCUGUUCGACCCAGCACGACCUAGCCUAGGCUCCGAGCUCGAAGCCCUGCAGCAGCACCUGGAAACCCUGAGCACCGGCGGCCAGCGUGUCUGGGAGAGAGGCGUGGACAGCCCUGCAGUGUCCACCUUCUCUCUGGACUCAGUGGCCAGGGAUCCACGGGAGCUUUGUCGCUUCCUGACGCAGAACUUAUCACUGCCUAAUAGCACAGCGCAGGCCCUCCUGGCUGCCCGGGUGGACUCACCCGAGGUCUACCGCUUGCUCUUUGGCUCUUCGCCCACCCUACACGCAGGGUCCGAUCUCCCCAGGGGUCAGGAGCCCUGGAACCACCUGGGUAGCAAUCCUUUACUCCGGACGGAGGAACUGCUGCUUGCCCCUGAACUCCUGGAGCGACUGACUUGCACGCCAGGUUCCCGGGAGCUGGGCCGCAUUCUCACCGCUCCUGAGGGUCAGCAGAGUGCGCUGCAGGGCUAUCGGGCUGCUGUCUGCAGUGGGCAGGCGACCACCCGUGCCCGCCGCUUCUCUGGGUUGGCGUCUGAGCUCCGGAACCAGCUGGACAUGACCAAGAUUGUCCAGCAGCUGGGCCUGGAUGUGGCCAACGGUUCAUAUACCCAGCAGCAACCACCACCCCCGCGGCGGCUGCCAGCGCUGCUGGAGGACCUGCUGAACGCCCAGAAGGUUCUGCGGGAUGUGGAUGUCCUCUCAGCUCUGGCCUUACUGCUACCCCAGGGUGCUUGUGCGGGCCGGGCCCCUGCGACCCCAGGCAGUGGGCCCGGUGGCUUGGCCAACGGCACUGGUCUCGGGGCGGGCUCUGGGACAAACGCUACGGCAGAGGAAGAGGUCAGUCCACCGGCUGCGACCCCGGCCGGGGCGGAAGCACUGCAGGGCCAGUGCGCGGCCUUUGUGCAGCUCUGGGCGGGCCUGCAGCCCAUCCUCUGCGGGAACAAUCGCACCAUAGAGCCGGAAGCGCUGCGGCGGGGCAACAUGAGUUCCCUUGGGUUCACGAGUAAGGAGCAGAGGAACCUAGGCCUCUUGGUGCAUCUCAUGACCAGCAAUCCCAAGAUACUGUACGCGCCCGCGGGCUCCGAGGCAGACCGCGUCAUCCUGAAGGCCAACGAGACCUUUGCCUUCGUGGGCAACGUGACCCACUACGCCCAGGUCUGGCUUAACAUCUCGGCGGAGAUCCGCAGUUUCCUGGAGCAGGGACGGCUGCAGCAACACCUGCACUGGCUGCAGCAGUACGUGGCAGAACUGCGGCUGCACCCGGAAGCACUGAACCUCUCUCUGGAGGAGCUGCCUCCAGCCCUGCGUCAGGACAACUUCUCCCUGCCCAAUGGCUCGGCCCUCCUGCAGCAGUUGGAUACCAUUGACAACGCGGCCUGCGGCUGGAUCCAGUUCAUGUCCAAGGUAAGCGUGGACAUCUUCAAGGGUUUUCCGGACGAGGAGAGCAUCGUCAACUACACUCUCAACCAGGCCUACCAGGACAACGUCACCGUGUUCGCUAGCGUGAUCUUCCAGACACGGAAGGAUGGCUCUCUCCCUCCCCACGUCCACUACAAGAUCCGUCAGAACUCCAGUUUCACCGAGAAAACCAAUGAGAUCCGUCGGGCCUACUGGCGCCCAGGGCCCAACACUGGGGGCCGCUUCUAUUUCCUGUACGGCUUCGUGUGGAUCCAGGACAUGAUGGAACGGGCCAUCAUCAACACUUUCGUGGGGCACGACGUGGUGGAGCCAGGCAGCUAUGUGCAGAUGUUCCCUUACCCCUGCUACACGCGCGAUGACUUCCUGUUCGUCAUCGAGCACAUGAUGCCACUCUGUAUGGUUAUCUCCUGGGUCUACUCGGUGGCGAUGACCAUCCAACACAUCGUAGCUGAGAAGGAGCACCGGCUCAAGGAGGUGAUGAAGACCAUGGGCCUGAACAAUGCGGUGCACUGGGUGGCCUGGUUCAUCACGGGCUUUGUGCAGCUGACCAUCUCGGUGACGGCGCUCACCGCCAUCCUCAAGUACGGGCAGGUGCUCAUGCACAGCCACGUGCUCAUCAUCUGGCUCUUCCUGGCUGUCUAUGCCGUGGCCACUAUCAUGUUCUGUUUCCUGGUGUCGGUGCUGUACUCCAAGGCCAAGCUGGCCUCCGCCUGCGGUGGGAUCGUCUAUUUCCUGAGUUAUGUGCCCUACAUGUAUGUGGCGAUCCGAGAGGAGGUGGCUCACGAUAAGAUCACAGCCUUUGAGAAGUGCAUUGCGUCCCUGAUGUCCACAACAGCCUUUGGCUUGGGGUCCAAGUACUUUGCCUUGUACGAGGUGGCGGGCGUGGGCAUCCAGUGGCACACGUUCAACCAGUCGCCGGUGGAGGGUGACGACUUCAAUCUGCUGCUGGCUGUCACCAUGCUUGUUGUGGAUGCUGCGGUCUAUGGGGUGCUCACUUGGUACAUUGAGGCUGUACAUCCAGGCAUGUAUGGGCUGCCUCGGCCCUGGUACUUCCCGCUGCAGAAGUCUUACUGGCUGGGCAGUGGGCGGGCAGAAGCGUGGGAAUGGAGCUGGCCAUGGGCACAUGGCCCCCGCCUCAGCAUCAUGGAGGAGGACCAGGCCUGCGCUAUGGAGAGCCGACGCUUCGAGGAGAUGCGGGGCAUGGAGGAGGAGCCCACCCACCUGCCGCUGGUGGUCUGUGUGGACAAGCUCACCAAGGUCUACAAAAAUGACAGGAAGCUAGCCUUGAACAAGUUGAGCCUGAACCUAUAUGAGAACCAGGUGGUCUCCUUCCUGGGCCACAACGGGGCCGGCAAGACCACUACCAUGUCUAUCCUGACUGGCCUGUUCCCGCCGACUUCUGGCUCAGCCACCAUCUAUGGGCACGACAUCCGCACGGAGAUGGACGAGAUCCGCAAGAACUUGGGCAUGUGCCCGCAGCACAAUGUGCUUUUCGACCGCCUCACAGUGGAGGAACAUCUGUGGUUCUACUCGCGGCUGAAGAGCAUGGCGCAGGAGGAGAUCCGCAAGGAGAUGGACAAGAUGAUCGAAGAUCUGGAACUCUCCCACAAGCGGCAUUCGCUGGUGCAGACUCUGUCCGGCGGCAUGAAGCGCAAGCUCUCCGUAGCCAUCGCCUUCGUGGGCGGGUCCCGCGCCAUCAUCCUGGAUGAGCCUACCGCCGGCGUGGACCCCUAUGCACGCCGGGCGAUCUGGGACCUCAUCCUGAAGUAUAAACCUGGCCGAACCAUCCUCCUGUCCACUCACCACAUGGACGAGGCCGACCUGCUGGGGGACCGCAUCGCAGUCAUCUCCCACGGGAAGCUCAAGUGCUGUGGUUCUCCGCUCUUCCUCAAGGGUGCCUACGGUGACGGGUACCGCCUUACGCUGGUCAAGCGACCCGCUGAGCCGGGAGGCCCCCAAGACUCAGGGCUGGCGUCUAGCCCCCCAGGCCGAGCCCCACUGAGCAGCUGUUCGGAGCCACAUGUCUCCCAGUUUAUCCGCAAGCAUGUGGCCUCCUGCCUGCUGGUGUCAGACACGAGCACUGAGCUGUCCUACAUCCUGCCCAGUGAGGCUGCCAAGAAGGGAGCCUUUGAGCGCCUCUUCCAGCACCUGGAGCACAGCCUAGAGGAACUGCAUCUGAGUAGCUUUGGUCUGAUGGAUACAACACUGGAAGAAGUGUUCCUUAAGGUGUCGGAGGAGGACCAGUCCCUGGAGAAUAGCGAGGCUGAUGUGAAGGAAUCCAGGAAGGAUGUGAUGCCAGGAGCAGAGGCCCCGGCGGCUGCGGAGACGCUCACUGGCAACCUGGCCCGGUGUUCUGAGCUGGCUGAGUCACGAGCCUCACUGCAGUCAGCCUCCUCGGUGGGCUCUGCCCGUGGCGAUGAGUCUGCUGGCUAUGCUGAGAUCUAUGGAGACUACCGCCCUCUCUUUGACAACCUGCAGGACCCGGACAAUGUCAGCUUGCAAGAGGCCGAGGCUGAGAGCCUCACGCGGGUCGGCCAGGGCAGCCGCCCACUGGACGGCUGGUGGCUGCGGGUGCGCCAGUUUCAUGGGCUUCUGGUGAAGCGAUUCCACUGCGCCCGGCGUAACUCCAAGGCACUCUGCUCCCAGAUCCUGCUCCCUGCCUUCUUCGUCUGCGUGGCCAUGACGGUGGCCCUCUCUGUCCCCGAGAUUGGUGACCUGCCGCCACUGGUCCUGUCCCCAUCUCAAUACCACAACUACACCCAGCCCCGAGGCAACUUCAUUCCCUAUGCCAACGAGGAUCGCUGGGAGUACCGACUUCGACUGUCUCCAGAUGCCAGCCCCCAGCAACUCGUGAGCACAUUCCGCCUGCCAUCAGGAGUAGGUGCCACCUGUGUGCUCAAGUCCCCAGCCAAUGGCUCCCUGGGGCCCACAAUGAACCUGAGUAGCGGCGAGUCCCGCGUGCUGGCCGCCCGCUUCUUCGAUAGCAUGUGUCUGGAGUCAUUCACACAGGGGGUGCCUCUGUCCAACUUUGUGCCACCCCCACCCUCUCCUGCCCCGUCUGACACCCCUGUAUCGCUCGACGAUGAUCCGCUGCAGGCUUGGAAUGCCUCCCUGCUGCCCACUACUGUGCCAGAGACAUGGACCUCGGCUCCCUCGCUGCCUCGCCUGGUACGGGAGCCUGUCCGCUGCAGCUGUUCCACGCAGGGCACUGGCUUCUCCUGCCCCAGUGGUGUGGGUGGGCACCCGCCCCAGAUGCGGGUUGUCACAGGCGACAUCCUGACCGACAUCACCGGCCACAACGUCUCUGAGUACCUACUCUUCACCUCUGACCGAUUCCGGCUGCACCGGUAUGGAGCCAUCACCUUUGGCAACGUGCAGAAAGCCAUCCCGACUUCGUUUGGCGCCCAGGCCCCGCCAAUGGUGCGGAAGAUCGCUGUGCGUAGGGUGGCCCAGGUGUUCUACAACAACAAGGGUUACCACAGCAUGCCCACCUACCUCAACAGCCUCAACAACGCCAUUCUGCGUGCCAACCUGCCCAAGAGCAAGGGCAAUCCGGCAGCCUAUGGCAUUACGGUCACCAACCACCCCAUGAACAGGACAAGUGCCAGCCUUUCCCUGGACUACCUACUGCAGGGUACCGAUGUGGUCAUCGCCAUCUUCAUCAUUGUUGCCAUGUCCUUCGUGCCGGCCAGCUUCGUGGUCUUCUUGGUGGCUGAGAAGUCCACCAAGGCCAAACACCUGCAGUUUGUCAGUGGCUGCAGCCCCGUCAUCUACUGGCUGGCCAACUACGUGUGGGACAUGCUGAACUACCUGGUCCCGGCCACCUGCUGCGUCAUCAUCCUGUUUGUGUUCGACCUGCCAGCCUACACAUCACCUACCAACUUCCCCGCUGUGCUCUCCCUCUUCCUACUCUACGGGUGGUCCAUCACACCCAUCAUGUACCCGGCCUCCUUCUGGUUCGAGGUGCCCAGCUCCGCCUACGUAUUCCUCAUCGUCAUCAAUCUGUUCAUCGGCAUCACGGCCACCGUGGCCACUUUCCUGCUGCAGCUCUUUGAACAUGAUAAGGACCUGAAGGUUGUCAACAGCUACCUGAAAAGCUGCUUUCUCAUUUUCCCCAACUACAACCUGGGCCAUGGGCUCAUGGAGAUGGCUUACAAUGAGUACAUCAACGAGUACUAUGCUAAGAUUGGUCAGUUUGACAAGAUGAAGUCCCCCUUCGAGUGGGACAUCGUCACUCGUGGGCUGGUGGCCAUGACCGUGGAGGGCUUUGUCGGCUUCUUCCUCACCAUCAUGUGCCAGUACAAUUUCCUGCGGCGGCCGCAGCGUAUGCCUGUGUCCACCAAGCCCGUGGAGGAUGAUGUGGACGUGGCCAGUGAGCGGCAGCGAGUUCUGCGGGGGGACGCAGACAAUGAUAUGGUCAAGAUUGAGAACCUGACCAAGGUGUACAAGUCCCGGAAGAUAGGCCGCAUCCUGGCUGUGGACCGGCUGUGCCUGGGCGUGCGUCCCGGUGAGUGCUUCGGCCUCCUUGGCGUCAAUGGCGCGGGCAAGACGAGUACCUUUAAGAUGCUGACAGGAGAUGAGAGCACGACGGGGGGCGAGGCUUUCAUCAAUGGACACAGUGUGCUGAAGGAACUGCUGCAGGUACAGCAAAGCCUGGGCUACUGUCCGCAGUUUGACGCCCUGUUCGAUGAGCUCACGGCCCGGGAGCACCUGCAGCUCUACACACGGCUGCGUGGCAUCCCCUGGAAGGACGAAGCGCGGGUGGUGAGGUGGGCAUUGGAGAAGCUGGAGCUGACCAAGUACGCCGACAAGCCCGCCGGCACCUAUAGUGGUGGUAACAAACGCAAGCUGUCCACCGCCAUCGCGCUUAUCGGGUACCCAGCUUUCAUCUUCCUGGAUGAGCCCACCACGGGCAUGGACCCCAAGGCCCGGCGUUUCCUCUGGAAUCUCAUCCUGGACCUCAUCAAGACAGGGCGCUCUGUGGUUCUGACGUCACACAGCAUGGAAGAGUGUGAAGCGCUGUGCACCCGACUUGCCAUCAUGGUCAAUGGACGGCUCCGCUGUCUGGGCAGCAUACAGCACCUGAAGAACAGGUUUGGAGAUGGCUAUAUGAUCACGGUGCGGACCAAGGUCAGCCAGAAUGUGAAGGAUGUGGUGCGGUUCUUCAACCACAACUUCCCGGAGGCUGUGCUCAAGGAGCGGCAUCACACAAAGGUGCAGUACCAGCUGAAGUCGGAGCACAUCUCGCUAGCCCAGGUGUUCAGUAAAAUGGAGCAGGUGGUGGGUGUGCUGGGUAUCGAGGACUACUCUGUCAGCCAGACCACCUUGGACAACGUGUUUGUGAACUUUGCCAAGAAGCAGAGUGACAACCUGGAGCAGCAGGAGACAGAGCUACCCUCCGGCCUGCAGUCCCCACUAGGCCGCCUGCUCAGCCUGUUCCGAUCAAGGCCUGCCACCACCGAGCUCCGGGCACUCGUGGCCGACGAGCCCGAGGACCUGGACACGGAGGAUGAGGGCCUCAUCAGCUUUGAGGAGGAACGGGCCCAAUUGUCCUUCAACACAGACACACUUUGUUGA